CAGAGAAGAGUUAAGAAAAGGUAUCUUUGAAUGUGGGAAUCUAAAGAAAAGAUUAAAGCAAUUUCCACUGUGGAAGGAUGCCAUGCAUAGUUGUAUAGACCAGACUCAUUGUCUGUGGGGCAGAAGGAGCUAGCACACACUUGGCCUGGUUAAGACGUUCCCCAAGGCAUAAAGGGUUCUUAAACCUAUGAAAUGUUUUCAUUGAAACACAAAGACCUUCUUUCCUGUGCUUUAUCAGAAUUAAGGAAAAAAGAAAGCCCAGUACAGCCCCCAAAGAUAAAACGCCAUCAAGUUACUACGGUCUCAGAAGAAGAAAAAAGGAUUGUAGAUCAAGAAAUGGGCCUCAAUUUUAGAAUGCCAGUGAUCAAAGUUCAUAUAUCUCUACCAUCCAUUCAUAAAUAUUCUUCAAAACGUAGAGAGAUAAAAAGAGAAAUCUACCACCAUCCAAUUUACAGAUUAUGUCAUUUUAUUGAUGGCCAAUCCAAAUUUAAAAUUAGCCAUCUCUUUGAAAGAGAUAAGAAAGAAGCUACUAGAACACAUGGCACUAUCAACUUUUCCCCGCUUUAUAGUAUCGAUAGACAGUAUAACAACAAGGAAAAGGUGGAAAAUGUCCAAAAGAAAAUACAAUUUUUAGCCAUGCUCCAAAUUGCUGAUGAAAUUGCUAACGAAAAUGUUCACAAAUAUCUUCAAGAGAAAAAUUACCUUAUUAAAAAAAGAAAUAAAGAACAAAACAAGAAACUAGAAGAAAGUUUUCAAAAGUUUCAAGAGACCAGAUUGAGACUGAUGGACAAAUUCAACGAAAGGAGAAAUUCUUUUCUGGAAGGAGCCAAAUUCAAAGCACGAGAACAUCUGAUGGUAGGAGACAUGAGCAAUCGGCACACUACACUGUAACUCCAGUUUGACAGAUAUAAGGGAAAACAAGACAUUGUGAUAAAGAAUAAGAGUCUUGUGAAGGAAAUGAAGGAAACGGAUAAAUACAAUAAGGAAUUAGUUAAGAAAAUGAAGAAAGUCAAAGCUAUACAUAAACGGCAUGUAGAAGAGCAGUUAAUUAUUCAUACCAUUGCUACUCAGAAAGCUUCUGAAAUUCAAGAAGUCAAAACCAAAGUGGCUGCCAUGAAAAGUCAUCCUAAAAGUCAUCAUGUUCACGUCAACCUUCCUUAUGGACACCCAAAGAAUUCUUUCCUUUCUAGCUCAUUCACAUUCUUGAAGUGA